GAAGAUCCUGCUGACCAGGCGGAAAACAACCGGCCGGCCACGCUUAGGGGUUUUCCCAAAGAGAAAGGGUUGGCCUUUCCUGAAGCCAGGGGAGGGUAGAAGAAAAAAACAAAAGAGGAGUUCCCCCGAUCGAUCGCCUUGCUUCUUUAAGCCUCGAGAACGAAACUUUUCUCCUACUUCCCACAGUGCAGCAUCCGGACAGUCCCUUCUUAGGAGGAGGUGUCUUGCAAGGGUGGAGACCUGGAAGUUGGCUUCCAACACAGUGCGAGUUGGCGGAGAGGCUGAGAUCGCUGAGCCACGGGGUGUGAGGGACUGAAUCGGGUGAUCCCUACGAGCUCAGGGAGGGGAAAGAAAAGGAGGCUGGGCCGGGCGGCCAGUGCCAGGCGGCCGCGCGUCUUCUAUCACGCGCGGAUCCAGGACUGGGGAGGUUUUUAAGCUGCUGACGUAGCCUGGCAAGUUUGGGAGGGGAGGAGCGGCCGGAGCCAGACCCAGACAGUGUUCGGGAAGAAUUCUUCAAUUUCCUCCGGGGGUGGGGAGGAAAAGCAUACGUCAAGAUCGAAGCAACUUUGGUGGAAGUUUGCUCUCGCUUUCUGGGGAGCACUUUCGGGGCUGCGGACGGUCGAAGCACAGCAGAGUUUCUUUGUUCGCACCCCUAAAGAGUUUGCGGAGUCGGGGGAGGAGGGAGUUUGCUUUCCCCAUGUGCUAAAGGGGAGGGAGCCAGUCCCCAACCGCUGCCCUCCGGAGGAGGGGGAGAAGCACCAAUGCCCGCGCUCCCGCCGCGGGAGGUGGAAGAGAAGGAGGUGGGAGUGUAGUAGCCGCUGCCAACCCGGAACCAUCCCUCCAGAAACACCGGCCUGUAACUGGAAGAGUGGGGGCAGUCUCCUCUCUGUCCAGCGCUCAGACAGUGAGUGGAGCGGAGCCGCUAGGAGGAUGAACGAGGACAGCGUGGACAGCGGGGACAGCUUAGCCAUCUCCAGCUCAUUGCCCAUCAUCCCUUACCAAAAGCUCGCCGACCUGCGCUUCCUGAGCCGGGGGGCAUCUGGCACCGUGUCCUCGGCACGCCACUCCGACUGGCGCGUCCAGGUGGCAGUGAAACACCUGCAUUUCCAGACCCCGCUGCAGCAAAGUGAAAUAAGUGAUAUCUUAAGAGAAGCCAAGAUUUUACACAAAGCAAGAUUUAGUUAUAUCCUUCCAAUUUUGGGAAUAUGCUAUGAGCCAGAGUUCUUGGGAAUAGUCACUGAAUACAUGAACAACGGAUCACUCAAUGAACUCCUGCACAGGAAAAAUGACUAUCCUGACAUUGCUUGGGCACUGAGAUUCCGGAUUCUGCAUGAAAUUGCACUGGGAGUAAAUUAUCUUCACAAUAUGAACCCACCACUGCUGCAUCAUGACUUGAAGACUCAAAACAUCUUACUGGAUAAUGAAUUUCACGUUAAGAUUGCAGAUUUUGGUUUAUCAAAAUGGCGGCAGAUGUCUUUAUCUAAGUCAAGAAGUAGUAUAUCUACUCCUGAGGGCGGGACCAUCAUCUACAUGCCACCUGAAAACUAUGACCUCAGCCAGAAGUCUCGAGCCAGCAUCAAACAUGAUAUAUACAGCUUUGCUAUUAUCAUGUGGGAGGUGUUGUCCAGAAAACAACCCUUUGAAGAAUUUAUCAACCCCUUGCAGAUAAUGUAUAGUGUGUCAAAGGGAACUCGACCUGACACUAAAGAAAGCUUAUCACUUGACAUUCCACAUCGAACUCGGAUGAUCUCCCUGAUUGAAAAUGGAUGGGCACAAAAUCCAGAUGAAAGGCCAUCUUUUUUAAAAUGUUUAAUCGAACUUGAACCAGUUGUGAGAACCUUUGAAGACAUUAGCAUUCUUGAAGCUGUCCUCCAGCUGAAGAAAACUAAGAAUAAGUCAAAUAUCAUUCCCUUAUGUUCCAAGAAGACUAUGGAGUAUCCUCUCAACAUACCUGCAAAUCAUAGUCCACAGGAGGAAUCAUGUGGUAAUCUAUUGACUAUAAGGAGCGAUCAUGGAAUAGCAAGGUCCGUAUCGGCCACUCAAGACAACUUCUUUUCUUCUGUAGAAAAUGAAAAGUAUUCAGCAGUGCCUCAUUCUGCAGUAAAUCAUAGCUGGGAUGGUAACAUUUCUUCAGUUCAAAGGGAUAAAUUUUGCAGCCACCAGACAACGUGUUCCUCAGCAGUAAUACAUCCACUCACAGUUGAAGGAAAUCCAGACUUCCUGUCAGAGAAUCAGGGAAAUGAUAUUGCCCAGCAAUGGAUCCAAAGCAAAAGGGAAGAUAUUGUAAACCAGAUGACUGAAGCUUGCCUCAACCAGUGUCUAGAUGCCCUUCUUUCUAAGGAUUUGCUUAUGAAGGAAGACUAUGAACUUAUUAACACCAAACCUACACGGACAUCAAAAGUCAGGCAAAUGCUGGAUACCUCUGACAUUCAAGGAGAAGAAUUUGCCAAAAUUAUAGUACAGAAAUUGAAAGAUAACAGACAGUUGGGUCUUCAGCCUUACCCAGAAGUAUCUUUGGUUUCUAGGGUAACAUCUUUAAAUUUAUUCCAAAACAAAAGCUUUUAAGUGUUUGCUUACCCAGAGGGAAAGUCAAUAUAUGAAAAGACAUUCUUUUCUCUCUCAUACUUCAGCUACAACGUUAAUUAUAAACAAUAUUUUGAGAAUUAGGUAUAUCACUGAGAUAUCUUUUAAAGUUAAUAUUAAUUAUUUCCGGAUUCAACCACAUAGGACAUCAAAGUAUUUUUUUAUGAAUAUAAGUGGACGACUUUUCACUGCAGUAGAUAGCUUGCUAUGUUGUGUUUUGUAAAUUGAUGUUGUUUUAAGGAUAAAAUAAUUACACUUGUACUUGUUCAUAAGAAAUGUUGUAUGACAUUCUCUUUUUGUGAUGUAAGCCAUUUCUACAAUUGCUAGCUUUGUGAAGUAUUUAUUACUUGCCUAAAGUGCAUUGAUUUCAAAAAACAUGUCUUUGUUCAUCAAAUAACAACAGUGACAAUAACAAUAAUAAUAGCCAAUAUUUAUAUAGAAUUUACCAUAUGCCAGGUGCUAGGCUAAGUGCUGUAAUUAUUCUCUCAUUUGAUCCCCACAACAGCCCUGAGAGGUAGGUGCUGUUUUUAUCCCCAUCUUAAAUAAAGAUGAGAAAACA